AUGGAUGGUGAUGGUGGUGGCACAGUUGCGGUUCAACAGCAAAGAAUCCUUUCUGAUUUAGAAAACACUGAACAAUCACUGAAAUGGAGUACACGCCUAAAGAUUGCUCUUGGUUCUGCCCGGGGUUUGGCUUACUUGCACCACGACUGCUGCCCGAAAAUUGUGCACCGCGACAUAAAAUCCAGCAACAUCCUUCUUGAUGAGAACAUGGAGCCUCGUGUCUCUGAUUUUGGUCUUGCAAAGCUUUUGGUUGACGAAGAGGCCCAUGUUACCACAGUGGUUGCAGGCACCUUUGGUUAUCUGGCACCAGAGUAUCUACAAAGUGGAAGAGCGACUGAGAAGUCAGAUGUGUAUAGUUUUGGAGUUCUGUUGCUAGAACUUGUAACUGGAAAGAGACCAACAGAUCCUUCAUUUGCAAGGAGAGGAGUAAAUGUUGUUGGUUGGAUGAACACGUUCCGGAAAGAAAAUAGAUUGGAGGACGUAGUAGACAAAAGAUGUAGUGAUUCAGUAGAUGCAGAAUCUGUGGAGGUAAUUCUUGAACUAGCAGCAAGUUGCACUGAUGCAAAUGCGGAUGAACGUCCAUCAAUGAACCAAGUGUUACAGAUACUGGAACAAGAGGUCAUGUCUCCCUGCCCAAGUGAUUUUUAUGAAUCACACUCAGAUCACUGAUAAAUGACUCAACCAACUUCAAGAUGCUAUGCUAACA